UAACAAUAACAAAGUAUAUUAUUAUUUUGUGAAUAAGUCCGAUUACUAUUAUUUCAGAAUGUAAUAGUGGAAAUGUCAAUGACCAAUUGGCUAUGAAUUUAGAUUUCUAAUAUUUUUAACAAGUAUUUUUAUACUAUUCUAAAUAUUCUAAACAUUUAUUUCCCAAUUUUUUUGAAUAGUUUCUGAGUCAAUAUCAUUGUGGAUUAGUUAUAACUUAUAAGUUACAUUAUUAUAGACUGAGAUCAGAAAAGUGUAUCCAUAUAUAUUAAAAUGUAUAUAAUGUACAUAUUAUGAUAUAGAUGUAUUGUUAACAUCAGACUGUAGUUUAUAGAAUAAAUAUUAUUUUAUUGUUAAUCUAAAACAGUUACAAUUUUUUUUUUUUUUUUUUGGUAUAAAAUUAUUUUACAAACUUUAUUCUGCAAUCUUGUAUUCACAAGGACAUUUAAUCUAAGCAUUGGUAAUAGUGUUCAAGAUGUUUCCAAUAGAAGAAACAGAUGAAGUAUUUGAUGCUGUAAUCCGUUAUGGUUUAUAUUUAGUUGCUAUUUUUCAAUUAGUAUGCAUAACAACUGUGUUUUUAUUAACUGAUCAAUCUAAUGACUCAAAAGUAAUUAUUAAAAAGGAAAAUGGUGAUGGAAGUGAAUAUGACUCUGAUGGAAGUACAUUUGCAUCACCUAGACGCCCAUAUUCUCAUCAUAGAUCAAGAAAACAGGACAAGAAGAAAAGACGGUGAAUAAAAAUAAAUAAUACUUGUAAUAUUGUUCCUUUUUUAAGUUUAAUUAUUCAUUAUAACUAUACAUUACUUGUAGUUUUUUUUAUACAAUUAACCUUGAACUUUUAAAUCUCAUUUAUAUAUUUUACUUAUAUUAUAUAAUUACUUUUAUAAUGUCUAUUUAUACAACAUAUAUAAUAUUACAUUCAUACAAUAUACAUUUAGCCAAAAAAAAAAAAAAAAACAAUUCUAUAUAAAUUUUGAAAUUAGUUUUUUAAUUUUAUCCAAAUUCUUUAUUGUAUAUAUAAUUUAUUAAAUAUUAAUAACAUAUGUAUUAAAUAUUUUACUGGAGCCUGGAGGACACAUUGAAGAGACUAGAGAAAUUAUCAUUGUGUCGAUGGGUUAUCAGUCACAUACCUACUUAUUACUCACGUGAUCCAAAAAAAAAAUAUGAUUAGAAAUAUUAAGUAAUAAAGGAUUUUUAGUUGAGUAAUAUUUUUAGAUUAGGUACUCUAGUUGUUUUAGCUGUACUGCCUGUACUACAGAAUUUUUACUCUACAUUUUAUGUAUCUUUAAACUGCAUGACUUGAAGAAAAAAUAUAUAAUUUCAUUAUUAAUUAAAA